AUUCUUGCGAACGAAAGCAGUACGACUGUCGGUGUGUUGGAAGCAUUUGACCCCGAGACCACGACUGGCACACAGCUCGUCGUGACAGCUGAAGAGCUUUCUGUGACCUCUGAGGUUCUACAUAUUGACAGUCCUGAGUCGACAACCUCAAUAACAGAUACGGUCGUUGAGACAGCACCAACAGAUUUUGAGGUGGAGGCCAGUGGAAGUGGAGAAGAAGGAUCGGGAGCAGAUGAUGUGGAAGGAAAGCGAGUUCACGGGAUUCGUACGGCCAGUGAUGUCUUGAAAGUUGCAGAAGGAAAGGGGCACGGACCUCUAGACACAUCGACACCGUGCUCAACGGACUUGAUGUUUGUGGUGGACACCUCGACCAGUGUUGAAGCCGAGUUCCAGCAGCAACUGCAGCUCGCCGUUGACCUGGUGAAACGACUCCCCGCCGACGAUUUCGAGCAUCGCAUUCGUGUCGGAGUGGUAGUGUUCAACUCGAAAGCCACUGUUGCACUUUCUAUGGGAGAACCUCGUUCAAGAUCAGCUCUGUUGGACUUAUUACUCACUCUGCGCUACUCCGGCGGAAGCACUUCAGUGGCCAGUGGGGUGAAUGCAGCCCUCGACGAGAUCGAACAGUACCGCAGAGGCAAUGCUCGCCUCCUGGUUGUGCUGCUAUCUGACGGUAACAGCCAAGAUCACUGGGAUGAAGUCAUCCGCUCAUCGAAUCGACUCCGCACUACUGGAGCCGAAGUCUACGCGGUGACGAUCAGCAAAGUCUAUAUGUUC